AUGACGGAUUACCGACUACAGACUAUGAAUCACUGGACCCCCGAUGACAACGUCUCCAUGAUGGAUGCCUUCAUAAGUUCCGACAUGACAUCCAUUUGGGCCAACCCGGGUACUUCUCAAUCUCACACCCACGCGCCGCCGGUUACUGUUCCUCCGGCGUCAUCAUCUGCUUCGACCUCCGCUCCACACAAGAUUAUCAACGAAUUCAAUCCGGAUACUUUACAACAACGACUCCAGGGGAUGAUUGAUACGGCACGGGAGUCGUGGACUUACGCUAUCUUCUGGCAGUCGUCUGACGUUGAUUACGCGGAUACUCCGGUGUUAGGAUGGGGAGAUGGGUACUACAAGGGGGAGGUGAAUAAGGUGAAGACAGCGCCGUCGGCGACUUCUAUGGCGGAGCAGCAGUACAGGAAGAAAGUGCUCCGGGAGUUGAAUUCGUUGAUCUCCGGGUCUCAAGCGCCGGAAAGUGAUGCCGUUGAUGAGGAAGUUACUGAUACGGAGUGGUUCUUCCUUAUUUCCAUGACGCAGUCGUUUGCCAACGGUAACGGACUUCCUGGUCAGGCGGCGUUCACUAACCAACCGGUUUGGGUUGCCGGACGGGAACGGUUGAUGGCAUCUCACUGCGAACGAGUUCGUCAAGGUCAAGGUUUUGGAUUGCAAACGAUUGUGUGUAUCCCUUGCACCGAUGGGGUGAUUGAAUUAGGUUCAACGGAGUUGAUAUUUCAGAGUUCUGAUGUGAUGAAGAAAGUCAAGGUUUCGUUUAAUUUUAGUAACAGCCCGGAUAUCAUGCAAAUCAAUACGGAUCAGGUUGCCGUUGCCGGAGGAGAUCACGAUCCAUCGUCGAUUUGGCUCACAGAUCCGGUGGCUACGUCAACUGUGACUACCGACGUCACGACAAUCACGGAUUCCGUUGAUGUGAUUGGCUCUCAGGCGACAACUGUCAUUCCAUCAAUUACUUCUCACGUUCCAAAACAUCUUCCCUUUGAAAACCCUAGCUCCAGUUCGAUACUUGAAAACCCUAGAUAUAUUCAUAAUCCCAAUCCUGAUUCCCUACAAAAUCAAGGAGUUUUUGGGAGCAGGGAGUUGAAUUUCUCCGAAUUCAGAUCGUUCGACGGAGCAACUGGUGGCAGAAAUGGGAACGGCAGAAUCCUGGAUUUCGGCGAGAGUAAAAGGAGUUCUACCAACAACAACAACAACGGGGCGCUGUUCUCCGGUCAAUCACAGUUCAUCGGAGCAGAGGAGAAUAACAAGAACAAGAAGAAGAGAUCGCCCGGUUCGUGCGGAAGUAACGAAGACGGGAUGCUUUCUUUCGUCUCCGGUGUGCUUCCGUCGUCCAGUACCGUGAAAUCCGGUGGUUGCACUUUUCCCGGAGCUGAUUCCGACCACUCAGAUCUAGACGCAUCGGUAAUUAGAGAAGUGGAAAGCAGCAGAAUGGUGGAACCGGAAAAAAAGCCACGAAAACGAGGACGAAAACCGGCCAACGGCAGAGAAGAGCCAUUGAAUCACGUAGAAGCAGAGAGACAAAGGAGAGAGAAACUAAACCAGCGUUUCUACGCUCUACGCGCCGUCGUCCCAAACGUUUCAAAAAUGGACAAAGCCUCCCUCCUCGGCGACGCCAUUUUAUACAUCAACGAACUCAAAUCAAAGCUCGAUAACACCAUAUGCGACAAAGAAGAACUAAGAAACCAAAUCGAUGAACUAAAGAAGGAAUUACUAAGCAAAGAAUCCCGACAAUCAUCUUCCUCCGCCAUCUCACUCCCGGAAGACAUGAAAAUGUCGAACACUUCCACCACCCACCAACCUAUACUCGAUUUAGACGUAGAAGUGAAGGUCAUCGGGUGGGACGCCAUGAUUAGAGUCCAAUGUAACAAGAAGAACCACCCUGCCGCCCGGCUCAUGGCGGCGUUGAAAGAACUCGAUUUCGAAGUCAACCAUGCCAGUGUGUCGGUGGUGAAUGAAUUGAUGAUCCAACAAGCCACCGUGAAAAUGGGUGGUCGGUUGUACACUCAAGAUCAGCUCCGGUUAGCCUUAACGAACAGAUUUUCAGAUCCAUUAUAG